GGGGAUAAGGGGAAGCUGCUGCUGCCCAGGCGCAUACGCUAAUUAAUAUUAAAAGCCGAAAUGGUCUGUGCUUGAAUGGAUUUUAGUAAGGGUGCAUAUGACUGCCGCACGAAUGUUACAGUGAUCAUCAUUCUCAUCAUCUUCAUCAUCAUCUCUCAGGUACAACUCGUAGCUGAGCAAGAUGUAUUAUAUUCAUCACGUUCAUAAUGCAACAGCAAGUGCGCAAUCGUUACUCUUGUCAAAUUUCUUGCCUAGCGGACCGUGUCUAUGUGUGGUGAAGCAUGCAUCUUUAUCAUUCUUGACUCUUGCGGAGGAAGAUGCAGAUUCUGCACUGAAAGAAGUUCUCUCAGUUCCGAUCAAUGGAAGAAUACUACGACUUGCAAGAAUCAAAGCAACAGAAAAAUCUUCCACAAUAGCAUCUGAUCGUAUAGCUGUAUUAACCGAUCAUCAUCAACCAAGGUUAUUCGUAUUGCACUAUAAUCAAACCAAUCAAGGCAUACGAUCGGUCGAUUUUGACGCCAAUGCUUCCUCUUCUUCGGCAUGGUCACCAAUAGAAACGAAGGAAUCAAUUCUGUUGGAAGAGCUCGGAAGACCGGCCGCAGAGAGUGGGCUAACUUUGGAAGUGGAAGAAGGUAUUGGUGCACUUUAUGCUUAUUGUCACACCCAUGCCGGGAAGCUAAAGGUUGCAAGACUCAAAAGUGAAAGUGCAGGAACGACGCAAGGCGAAACACCAUUCCUGUCCAAAUUACCAGAUCUUGCUCAUGCUUUCAGCUUGCGAUUGCCACACCCUCACCUCAUCUCAUCUACUUUUAUGGCAAGAAGAGGAGGAGAGCCGUCUCCAUCACAAAUUGCAUUGCUUUCCUUGUCAAGUACAGCAUCACGUCUACCUGGCCUGGGUAUGCAAUGUCUCCCUGUCCUCUCGUUUCAUGCGAUAGAUGAAGUAAAUCAAGAAUUACCGCCUGUAGUUUGGGGUCCGCCACGAAAGAUUCCUUCAAAGGAAGUCAGUGAGAAAUCUUUGGAGACAACAAACGAAGAUGGAGAACCCAGCACUGCCGCAAAAGGCAGGAGAAAGUCAUCUCAGAGUAAUGAUGUAGAGCCAUCGUCAGGCGCAGGCAGCAAACCUGCAAAAGCUGGUCGACAUGGACCUGCAGCGAAGGGUGCAUCACGUACAGCUGAAGAAGAGGCUGCUCAUGAAGAGCAAUUGGCAAAAACACCUUUGACAAGAGCGCAUGUUCCCUUGCCAUUCUCGGAUGCGUUGGGAGCUCAUCUUUUACUCGCACUCCCUGCUCGAGCUGGAGGUGGUGUGCUGGUAUUCAGCGAGACAAGCGUUAUGCUUGUACCGCCGCCACCGUCAAGUACUGACGCAAAAGAUAGCGGAGCUUUGCGCUCGCCCAAGAGCUCAUCUUCUUCCAAAGUCGCAGGUAAGAGAAGGAAAUCCAGUUCAGGUGAAAUUGUCACCUCUGCCCGCCGGCAAAGCGCAAGUAGUUCACAAACAACAACAGCAGAUUCCGCUUUGAGUGUGAGUCCUACAGCAACAAUGACCACAGCGCCAAGAUCAAACGAGAAUGGAAAGAGACGCAGAUCAACGGCAGGAUCGUCUUCUACCAUUAAUCCUACGACAGAUGGUACAACUCGCAGAAGAUCGAGCUCUGCUGCCUCAGUCUCCUCUCAGCGCAUCUUACGCAUGGGCUUACCAGUGCCAGUCAUUGUCGCUUCUGCUAUUGUGAUCAAAGAGCCCUUGGGUGAAGAAGAUGAUGGCGUUCGUAUUGAUUCUGAGACUGGCAAAGGAACAUUGAAUGUCAUCUUUGCAACGCAUUCAGGACGUUUAGAGCUUUUGACGAUCACUUUGCAGAAUAUGGCAAGCGAUCAAAGCGAUGUUGAACAAUUUGCACCUAUCUCGCUUUCCACGCAAAAGCUUGGCGAAGCAAGUGCUGCGGGUGGUCCUGAUGCAUUGGCUUACCUUGGUGAUAAUUUCUUGCAUAUUUCAAGUACCAGUGGAGAUUCUCUGUUGUUACGUAUCAAUGAUCAGAUUGGAGAGGAGACAGGCAAUCAAUUUUCUAUCGUCAAAAGAUGGUCAAACCUAGCGCCAAUUCUGGACUUUGUUGCAGAUGAUGGUGCUGGUGGAAGCCCUUCGGCAGCUGGAAGUGCACAAGCAAGAAUUAUUACAUGCAGCGGAUCUGGUCCCACAGGUAGUCUGAGAGUCAUUCGAGAUGGCGUUGCUUUGGAAGACUUGGCCAGCAUUGAGGAGGCAGGUAUACGACGCAUUUGGGAUAUAGAAGGCACUACAUCGAAAUCAACAGCCUUCCUCUUACUAGGACUGUCUCAAGGCGCUCGUGUGGUCUCUUUCGGUCAAGCUGGCAUUGAGGAUCAUACAUAUCAGUUUACACAAGCUGGCCUGGAUGCUAAUCAAAGUAUCCUUGAUGCUGCCAGCCUUGGAGCAGGUUUGUUUGCUGUUGUGAAUUCUUCUGGAGUUAAGGUACUUCAAUCGGAGCAAGCAAGUAUAAAAGCGCAAUGGCAACCUUCAGACGCCAAGCAGCUUUCAUUGGGCUCUGAGCCAAUCACUCGAGCUGCAGUCAAUUCUGCUGGACAAGUCCUUCUUGCUUUCCAAACAGGUGAUAUGAUUCUUCUGCAGAUUAGAGAGACUAGCAUUGAGCUUAUUGCUGCAACGAAACUACCAAGCGAGAUAUCUGCAAUCGACAUUAGUCCGUUGACGACCGAGAAAGGAUCUUCAGCAACUUUGGCAACUGUCGCCCUUUGGAGACCUGCAAUCGUGAAGAUAUUCACCAUUCCAGAUUUGCGUGACGCCACUCCUAGUGCUUUGAUGGCAUCGCAUCCAUCAUUGAUCAGAUCUGUCAAGCUGCAUACGUUCUCCAUUAACGGAGCAUCCACCUCCCUACCGCAUCUCAUGAUCGGUCUAGGAAAUGGUACAUUGACAACGCACAGCCUGUCAUUGCCCACAAAAGACAGUAUUUCUCAAACGAUUGGCGUUUUAGAGCGAAGAACUACAUCAUUAGGAACGCAACCGCUUCAUUUGCGAUCUUUCAUCACUGCACAAGGAUUACACGCCGUAUUCGCUGCUAGCGACAAAUCUACGGUUGUAUUCUCACAAGGCACAGGUCUGACGUAUAGUUCUGUUCGUCAUCAAGACGUAUCUGAUAUUUCUCAAUUUGACUUUUCUGUCAAUCCUGAGACAGGCGUGGAUCGAUUGAUGAUUUUUGCCACACCCGAACGUCUUCAAGUCGCAAAGAUGGGAGAAAUUUCGCAAGUUGAUAUUGAAACAAUUGAUUUGGGAUACGAUAAUCCUCUGGCGAUAUCUAUGUGUACGGAUCAAAAGGUUGUCGGGGUUGUCACAACGAGAUUCUUAUCGCAAGGUAGAGGCAGUGAGCCUAUUGAGGGUGGUAAAGUGAUUCUUCGUGAUGCAGAACAAUUCACAGCUUUGGACGAAUACGUUCUGGAAAUGGAAGAAAGGCCGAAUUGUAUCGACACGUUCGAGAGAGGAGGUGCAAACUAUUUCGUUGUUGGAACAGGCUACACGUUCCCUGACCGGACUGAGACCACUUCAGGACGAUUACUGCUUUUGCGUAUUUCUCCUCGCUCCAAGAAAUUGCAAUUGGUUACAUCUCGUAAUGUGGACGGCAAUGUGUUUGAUCUGAAAGCAAUAGGUGGUAAGCGCAUUAUCGCUUGUGUUAACGCAAAGGUAUUAUCGUUUGAAAUGGAGGAUGAUUAUACAGCAAUGGACGAAGAGAGCGACGGAGAGGAAGACAAGAAAUUCUCGAACCAAAACAUUUUACUAAUUCAAGUGGGCCAAUGGGCAUGUGCGUUCACUGCUACAUCUUUAAGUAUCUCAGAUUCCAAUAAAGUUGUUGUUGGUGAUGCUUUGAGAUCGAUUGUGAUCCUGCGAAUGGAUGAGCAAAGUGGAAAAUUGGUCGAACUUGCGCGUGAUUGUGAUCCUUAUUGGACGGUUUCGUGCAAUUGUAUCGAUGAAGAGGAAGAGGUGUACUGUGGUAGCGAUAUUGCAUUCAAUAUUUGGACUUGUCGCAGAUUAAAGUGGACGCAAAGUGCCAAAGAUCGAUUAGAACGAUCUCGUUUGCGCGAGACAGAAACUGGCUCCGGUCGAUCCGCUGCGGGAAGUGCGCAAAAUGGAGUGGAUUUGAUCGAUCAGACUUGGAGUCACAUUAUGCAAAGAGAUGGUGCAUUCCAUUAUGGUGAUCUGAUUAAUAAAAUGAAGAGAGGUUCACUGGUUUCGGAUAGCGGUAAUGUUGGUUCUGCAAAUUCAAAGACUGGCUCAAACAAAUCGCCCGUUGUGCAAUCACGAAUCAUUUUUGGAACGGCAGCAGGUGCGAUUGGAUUGUUGGCAAAAUUGGAUGAACGUGCAGGUAGAAUAUUGAGUCAAUUGGAAGUUAAAAUUGCUGAUUCAUUUAAGCCAAUCGGAGAAAUUGCAACAGAAAGUUAUCGAACUUUACGUACAGAUCAUCGAACGCAACCUUCUGCUGGCUUUAUCGAUGGAAUUGCAUUGUGUAAUGCUUUUGAUCCAUUGAACAAUGAGGCAAGAGUUGCACUCAUUCGUAGAGGUCGCUUACCCAUCGAUGCUGAUUUGGAUGAAGUCAAUAAUCUUGUAGAAUCACUUCAGAGACUAUCAUAAGCAGUAGCAGUAGCAGUAGGCUCGCUAGAAUUGAAUGAAUUGAUCCAAAGCUGGAGAACAACACUUGUGCAUUUUAACGCGUAAGCGCACAGAC